AUGGCGACGUGGUGUAUUGGCGCCCCCCAGCAAAACGGCAAAUGUCGCCCGAACGUAGUGACCCAUCCCUGCACUGGGCGAGUUCUCAGCAAUCCAAGCAACACCGACAACUACGCGUUGGAAUCAGCAGAGUUCAUUGUGCCGUGGUGGGGGGUGGUUUGCGACCCUUCAACGUUUCCCGUGGCGGUUGUUGAGCUUACUCUGCCCCAUCAAGGCCUCACCUGCGUCUUGGAAUCGCUCAACUUUACAGUGUUCUCAAACCUUGUGACCCUCAACUUGGAGGGUAAUGCGUUCACGGGACCAGUGCCAGACUGGGUAGGCACGAUGACCUCGUUAGAAGUACUCAAUGUGAACGGCAACCAGUUGAGUGGCCCUUUACCCGAGUCCAUCAUCGACAACGUCAAGCUGGAAGAGCUUAGUCUCGCCCAGAACCAACUCACGGGACCAGUGCCUAAUAUGCUCAAAGUGUUGCCCGUCGCAGUCCUCGACCUCUUUAGCAAUCAGUUAACGGGCACACUUCCUGUCGAUGUACUACGCAACCCCCGCCUGCGAUACCUGGAUUUGUCCGAAAACGACCUUUUUGGCUUGCUUCCGCUCAGCAUUCACCUUCCUCGGAUCAUGUACUUUGACGUGUCAUUCAACCGACUCAGUGGACCGCUACCCCCCAAUCUACAGCUCUUGGGGCGCGACGACACUGUACCGCAGUCUUCGUCAGUACUCACGCUGUUUGAUGCGUCGAACAACCUCUUGGAAAGUGCCAUCCCUGGCCUGAUUGGAAAACUGGAGCGCCUUUCGACAUUUUCGGUGCGCAACAACUCGAACAUUUUUGGCAAAGUCCCCCCCCUGCCGCCCUCGCUCUUGGAGAACUUUGACCCUACGACGUUUGACGGCCCGACCCACCACCUCGCCUGCCCCCUGCCAGAACUCGGCCCUUCUCAGACAUGGGGCCCCGUCGUUUGUUUGUGCAAAGGGGCGAAAGCGGACCCUGACACGUGCGCGGCUUGCGCGGCUGGAUUUGUUCUCGGGGCGACUUCCAAUAUAUGUGAGGGAUGCCCACCUGGCAGUUCCCCUCAAGGGGACAUUUGCAGUCUUUGUCCAGAAGGCACAUUUGCAAACGAUAUUGGGUCCCCUGCCUGCCAACCAUGUCCUGACGGGUUUACGUCGUCGUCGGGGGCAUCUGCUUGUGAUCCAUGCCCAGCGGGAACGUCCACCUCCGACGAAGGCACGUGUUUGGCUUGUCCAUCGGGAAUGUUUUCCCCCACGGAGGGGAGCACAUGUCUUCCCUGUCCAAUCAAUACAUUCAGCGUCAACUCGGGUUCAAUCGCUUGCACGCCAUGCCCGUACAACGCCGUGGCGGAUGCUAGUUCGACACAGUGUACUCAAUGUCCUCCUCAAACCACCGUCGACUUCUUAGGGUCAGGGGGCUGCGUGCCACAACCUCGACCAGGUGCUGGUUACGUUGGCGUCGACGAGAUUGCUGAUUGUGUUGCGGGAACGUUCAAUGACAGAACUUUCGCAAGGUGCCAACCGUGUGCUCGUGGUAGUUUUAGUGCUGAGGCCGGGGCCACCAACUGCUCAUUGUGUUUCUUGGGGUCUUUUGCCAAUAGCACCAACGCAAGUCGCUGUACUGACGCUCCACCGGGGACGUUUGUCGCCACUCGAGGCGCUACACGGUCGAAUCUGUGUGCGCCUGGAUACUUCAACGAUGUCGCAGGUGCUAGCCGCUGUGUUCGGUGUUCCAACCACACGAUGGCCCCCCGCAUGGGCAUGUCUGCCUGCGUGAUGGCCCCACCAGGAUUUGUCCUUGAGAUUGCAACAUGGCCCAGCUUCCUCCUAACUCUUUAUCAGCACCAGUCUCGCUUUGAUGCAUUGAACGUGUCAAAGGCUACCGAGAUUGUCCAGGAAGCGUGGCUCUUUGUGGCGCCCGAACCAGUCAACGCGAUGGUCGUCAGCUCGUUUGACAAUAGAUUAGUCGCAUCGACGGACGGACAACUGUUUGGGGGGACGACAAGCGCGAGUCUGUACAUGGUUUUGGACACGACCGCGUCGACGUUAGACCUGUUGCAAUACAUCCCGACCUACUUGGUCGUGCUGGAUAUGCUGCUGGACGAGGCCGCCAUGCUCCUCAACACUGACAUGACAUCGACCCGCCUGGACGUGCUCAAGCCCCUGGCAGUCACUGUGGCGGUGGCAUGUGACAAAGGGACGUACUCGAAUGGUUCGCAUUGUGUUGAAUGCGGUGUUGGAACGUUCGCUGCCGGUUCAGGCGCGUCAAAGUGCCAAAAAUGUCCUCGUGGAAGUCGUGCGUCGUCGACAGGCAAUCACAAAUGCACGCCCUGUGCGCGAGACGAGUAUGCAGAUAGCACCGCCACGAUGUGUAUCGAGUGUCCGACGUUUUCGAUGGAUCUGACAUUGGUGUGUCCCCAAGCCAUCGGUCGCUUGCUGUGGCUGCUCUUCUACAUUUUCUACUACAUUAACUUGGUCUGGAUGAGCCAUCUGUGGCUGUACAGCAAUCCGACCCGAGUGCCCCCGUUGAUGGAGUCGUACCGAUCCAACGGUGGCCAAACUGUCAACACCGCGAUCGUGUUUCCCCCCCCCAUUCCUAUUUCUGCCGCCACGCUACGGAACGACACUAGAAUGCAAACACGAGACAAGUCUUGCAUGGUGUAG